CUCUUUGUACACACUCACACUCACUUUCAUGCCAUUUUUAAAUUUCAACACAAAAUCAUUUUUCUUCUUACUCACACAAAAUAUAACUCCCCCAAAUCUUCCAUUCAGUUUAUCAAAACAAGGAUGGAGUUAGGAAAUGAGGUUCCAUUAGGAGAUGAAAGUGGUGAUGUUGUUAAUGAAGAUAUGAAUGUCAAAAAAGAUGAAGAAAAGGCUAAUACCGAAAAACCGCAUUCUGAAAACUUGAAUAAAAAUGAUGAAAUUGUUGGUUCAUCAAAAGUUGAAGUAAAUGAAUCUUCUGAGAGUGCUAAAAAAGUUGGUAUUUCAAAGGACAAUAAGAUAACUAAAAAUGGUCCUAGCAAGCCAAAGACAAAUUUGUCUCAAAGCUCAUCAUUUUCGGCUAAAACCCAAAACGUUGAUGGGCAAUUGGUGAAACCCAGAGUUGGGUCUAAGGGUGAAGCUACAUUGAUAGGUGUAUCUGCGACAUCAUCAUCUUCGCGUUUGAAUCCUCCGACUAAGGGAACAUCAGCUGGUGUAAAGAUUGGUGUUGGGGCUAGCCGAAGAGCCACUAUAGAUUCGGUGCCAAGUGCGAGCAAGUCAAGGGCUAAGAAACCCAAUGGAAAUGAAGACCACCCUGCUUCCGAAGAUUCAUUACCUGCUCAUAAACAUUCAAAACCAAACAGAACUUCAUUCCCUAUAAAAGAAGAUGAUGACAACCGUUCCACUACCUCAUCUAGACAACGCCGGAAUAGUGUCUCCGGCUUUUCGUUUAGAUCAGAUGAACGUGCAGAGAAGAGAAGAGAGUUCAAUUCAAAGUUGGAGGAAAAGAGUCAUGCAAAGGAAGUGGAAAAGACGAAUUUACAAGAAAAAUCCAAGGAGAGCCAGGAAGCAGAGAUCAAGAACUUGAGAAAGAGCUUGAUGUUUAAAGCUGCACCAAUGCCAAAGUUCUACAAAGAGCCCCCACCCAAGGUGGAACUGAAGAAGAGACCACCCACACGUCCAAAAUCUCCAAAGCUGGGCAGAAAUAAGAGCUCUGUGGCUUCAGUAAGCCGGUCUGCGGAAGAAGUUACUGCUGUGAUUACACGAGUUAAAGAACAGGCAACAUCAAGCAAGGGAAAUCUCGUAAAGCGUGACAAAGGCACUGCUGCAUCCAAGAAACCAACCAGUAGUUCAAAAUCCAGUAUUCCACCUGCCAAAACUGAAGUCAAACCCGAUACUUCAGAAGCAUUACCCGUUAAUAUAGAAGAUCAGGAAAACGACCAAGAUUCUGAUGAACAGUUUCAGGAAAUCCAUGCCCCUCUUACAAAUCCUAUUGAAGGUGAAGAAUGGAUAGAAGUCAGUCCUGAAAAGAAGGCAUCAUCCAAUGAAGUUGCGAGCAUAAUACCUGGAGACAUCAUGGCAGAUGGAGGUUAGAAUGCACUGCAAGAUUAAAAAAUACCCGUAGUUAUUAGGUUUUUUGCAUGUGAAGAAUUUGAAGUUUUUGUGUUGUGAAUAGUGUGCUGAAAGAUUGUUUCCGUAUACGGGGUCUCAACAGGUCUAUUUAAAUCUUUCUGUGUAUAGUUCUCAAGAAGUUUCUGUGAAACAUCCUUUGUUGGCAACUUGGAAUUCAAUGUGCAAAAAGGAACUUGAAUUUUCUUGAAUAUCUUGCAUAUUUUGCUGCUAUGUACAGUAAACUGUGGUACUUUGUUCGAGUUCAA